UCGGGUUUGGGGGCGGGGCCUUGUGCGUGUUCAAAAUCUAGGCGGCGGCUGCGAGAAAAUGGCGGCUCCUUCGCGGUGGCAAUUCUCUUGCUACGCAAAGCCGCGGGAGGGUGACUUUUGUGAUGGCACUAAGACAAUUGACGAAACUUCUUUUACGACUUCCAUGGAGUGGGACACACAGGUGGUGAAGGGGUCCUCGCCGCUUGGCCCCUCAGGAAUAGGGACGGAGGAGCCGUCAUUAGGCCCGCGGCUGCCGUCCUGGCUGCAGCCCAAGAGGUGCAUCGUGUUCCAGUGCGCGCAAUGCCACGCUGUGCUCGCUGACUCGGUGCACCUCGCUUGGGACCUCUCGCGGUCCCUCGGGGCCAUCGUCUUCUCCAGGGUUACAAAUAACGUGAUUUUGGAAGAGCCCUUCCUAGUUGGCAUUGAAGGUUUACUAAAAGGCAGCACUUACAACCUUUUAUUCUGUAGUUCCUGUGGGAUUCCCAUUGGUUUCCAUCUGUAUUCUACCCAUGCUGCCCUGGCUGCCUUGAGAGGACACUUCUGUCUUUCCAGUGAUAAAAUGGUGUGCUACCUCUUAGAAACAAAAGCCAUCAUAAGUGCAUCUGAAGUGUAUAUUCACAACAUGCCUCUACCAGAAAAGGUUGCAGAGCUGAAAGAGAAGAUAAUGUUAAUGCAUAGUCACUUAAAUUCACUGAUGGGAUGUUGAAGGAAGUGGGCUCCUGACCAGUCCAAGCCAGAAAACUGAUCCAGAACCAGAGCUUGAGUACCAGGGUCAGCCUUACUGCUAUCUUCAAAAACAGUGCUGUUUGAUAACUUCUUGAGAAAGACUGACUUCAAGAAUGGACAGCAAAUAUGGUUUAUUAUGUUUAUCUCAAUGCUGAUUUUCUAACUGAUUUUGUGAAGCUGUUUCUCAAAGAUUAGAAACUAAGGAGACUUCUGUCUAGGUUUCAUAGCUAUUUGCCUUCUGAAUUAUUUUAGCUUUCUUAUAGUUUCAUAAUAAUUUCUGAAAACAUCUUCAAUUGCACAUUUAGGGAUUAAGAGGCAGUGUGCCGUGCUCUGAUCUAAAGAUGCUUGUGAAAAUAAAGUUGUACUUAAUGUCGACUACUGUGAUUCUUACGUGGAAGGGUAAGCAAGGGUGUGAAUGAAUACUGACAGUCUUUUUUUGAAUGUAAAAUACAGGGACAUACCUAUUCUAUAGGUAAUAUUCAAUAAGUUGGACAAUAUACAGUUUUUUCUUUUCAGUUGGAAACUGAGCUUAAGGGAAUGAAUAAUAAAACAUCAACAUUACUGAAAUGCUGUGGGGCUUUUUCAUAUUUUGCUGUACAGUAGCACUUGGGCUCAGCAGCUGUAGUAAAGGUUCGAAGAAAGGGGACAUAGAAUUACAAGCACAGGUAACAGGUAACUGAAUUGGCCUUGGGGGUCAAGUGAAGUUUCAGAGGUGGUCUGAAAGGCAACUGGGGGUUAACGAGGUGGGGGAACAACCAAUUCAAAGGCUCUGUAAGGCCCU